AUGUUGAAGCUGGCCGAAUUGAUUGAGAGAGACGCUGAGCUGAUCGCAAAGCUCGAGACGACCGUCUUGCUCAACUCCGAACUCAACAGUAAACUUUACAGUGACGAAAUAUUCGGCCCGGUCCUCUCGGUCAGGACUUUCAAACCGGAGGAGGAGGCGAUAAAGCUUGCUAACGAUACCACCAAUGGACUUAGCUAUGACCUAAUUUUCAGAUACCCUGCACACGUAUUUCUCUUGACCUCGGACGGAAGAACUGACAAAUCCCACUAG